AUGAGAUAGGGGGACACUGAAUGAGAGGGUGAGGAUCUUUAAAAAAAAACUUGCAGCAAGAAGCUUUUCGCCAAGGGGAUCCCUCAAUCCGGGUUUGCAGGAGCGCGCGGCACAGGUUCUGCCUCCGUCUCCCACGCAUGGCAGCUGCAUUCAAGAGCUAAAAAAGUUAUCUCCGACCACAACGCGAGUGUGUCCAAACAGAACGAGACGGACGGAGCUUUUUCUCUGAAAGAUGGACUGGUGGAACGGAAGAUUACGGUUGCUUCUGCUCAUCAUUCUACACGCGAUGGCGACGACGACGCGAGCUGCCAAUCUGAUUGACAUUCUGAGGGUGCUGGACCUAUCGGAGGACAUGGAAGGAGUGUCCAUGGAGGCGGGGCUUUGCACAAGCAGGAAAGGUGCAGAGGAAACAGACAUGGCCUACAGGAUAGACAAGAAGAUUCAGCUCAGCGCCCCAACCAAGCAGCUUCUCCCUGACUCUCCAUUCCCCGAGGACUUCUCCCUGAUGACGACGGUGCGGGCGAAGAAGGGGGCGCAGUUCUUCCUGCUGUCGGUGUACGACGCGCAGGGCGUUCAGCAGCUGGGCCUGGAGAUGGGCCGGUCCCCCGUCCUUCUGUACGAGGACCACCAGGGGCGGCCCUCCCCCGAGCUCUACCCCAUCUUCAAAAAGCUCAACCUGGCUGACGGAAAGUGGCACAGAAUAGCCUACAGUGUGGAGGGGAAGUCUGUCACUCUGUACCUGGACUGUGAGAGGGUGCAGACGCUGGACUUGCUACGGGGAGAAGACCCCAUCGUCAGCACUGAGGGCGUCACCGUGUUCGGGACACGCCUGCUCGACGAGGAGGUGUUCGAGGGGGAAAUCCAGCAGCUGCUGCUAGUGGAUGACCCAAGAGCUGCUGAGAGCUACUGUGAGCAGUACAUCCCUGACUGUGACUACGCCCUGCCCUACAGCAGCUUAGCCCUGGAGCCAGAGGAGGUGCAGCCUGGUGGCUCAGAAUUGCAGCAGGAUGAGGCAGCAAAGUCACAAAAACACUCUCCGCACAAAGCAGACAGGAAGGGCAAGAAGGAAAGAUCCAAAAAGAAGAGAGAUGGCUCGUCCAAAGGGAGGAAGGGAAAGAAAGAGUCCAGGAAGAAAAGAAAAGAGUCUUCGGGUCCUGAGGAGCUUUCCCAUGGGCUAUCCACUGCAGUGCCUGAUCUCUUACUAGCCGCAGUGCUGCCCUUCACAGAGCCAUCUCCGUUAGCAACCCUCACUCUACCCGAGACCACUCCCUCCGCUGCCCUGGCAACCGAAGCAACGACUUUGAGCCCUGCCUUUCUGCCAGAAAUGACGGAGCUCCCAGAGAUGCCCACGCAUGAGCCCGAUUCCAGCAAGGAGGCCCCCACUGUGGUGCCCACCGAGCUGCCUGAACCCCUGAGUCCCAGGGUGGAGGUUGAUCGGCCACCCAAAGAGCCGGAGGUGGAGGAGUUUGGGGAGGACUUCUACAGUGACCUUUACGAUGACCUUUCUGUCUCCACAGUAACUGUGGGCCCCAACAUCACUGAGUACGAGAUCGUAGAGUAUGAAGAUUACGUGAAUGGCACUGAGUACCAUGAGCAGGAGUAUGAGGAGUAUGAAGAAUAUGAAGACAGAUUUGGAUUGGUGGAAAGAGAAGAUGUGGACACCUGGGAUGGGGAGAGUAAGCGCUUCCAGCCUGAGAAGGGAGAAAAGGGAGAGCCUGCUAUAUUUGAACCGGGCACGUUGAUAGAAGGUCCCCAUGGGCCACCAGGACCAGAGGGGCCUGCAGGAAUUCCUGGUCCCUCCGGACCUCCAGGUUCACGAGGGGACCCGGGCGAACUGGGUCCUCCGGGACGGCCAGGUCUUUCCGGGGCUGAUGGGAUACCGGGUCCUCCAGGCACCAUGCUCAUGUUACCGUUUCAGUAUGGGAAUGAUGGACAGAAAGGUCCAGUGGUUUCCGCACAGGAGGCUCAGGCCCAGGCUAUACUCCAGCAAACCAAGCUCUCGCUGAAAGGGCCUCCAGGUCCACUCGGCCUGACGGGACGACCUGGCCCCUUGGGUCUUCCUGGUCCUUCAGGACUGAAGGGGGACAGUGGGGAGUCUGGACCACCAGGUCCCAGGGGACUGCUUGGAGCUCCAGGACAGAAUGGAAAGCUAGGGAAACGGGGGCGCGGAGGCUCAGAUGGCAAUAGAGGAGCACCGGGAGAGACAGGCGGAAAGGGUGACAGAGGCUUCGAUGGACUGCCUGGCCUCCCUGGGAAUAAGGGACACAGAGGAGAGAGAGGGAAGCCAGGCCCUCACGGACCGGUUGGAGAACCAGGGGAGAAGGGUUCCGAUGGACCUGUGGGACCAAGAGGACAAGCAGGAGAACCUGGGUCUCGUGGGCUUGUGGGACCAAGAGGAUCUCCUGGGCCUCCAGGCCAACCUGGCAUUCGUGGUGUGGACGGGGUUCAAGGGUCAAAGGGAAACCUGGGACCACCUGGGGAGUCAGGAGCUCCAGGCCAGCAAGGAAACCCUGGAUACCAGGGCUUACCUGGGGCUCAGGGUCCUAUUGGCCUGCCUGGAGAAAAGGGUCCUCAGGGAAAGGCAGGCAUGCAGGGUCUGCCUGGUAUAGAUGGUCCUCCGGGUCACCCAGGAAGAGAGGGACCUGCAGGAGAGAAGGGCCUCCAGGGUCUCCUAGGGGCUCAGGGACCCAUCGGAUACCCUGGAUCACGUGGUGUGAAGGGAGCUGAUGGCGUGAGAGGUUUGAAGGGCAGCAAAGGAGAGAAGGGUGAAGAUGGCUUCCCAGGGUCAAAAGGAGACAUGGGCAUCAAGGGAGAUCGGGGUGAUAACGGGGCUACAGGGGGCCGUGGUGAGGAUGGAUCAGAGGGACUGAAGGGUCAGUCAGGGCCCCUGGGAGAAUCAGGUCCAUCAGGCAUUGCAGGAGAGAAGGGUAAACUAGGUGUUCCAGGUUUGCCUGGGUAUCCAGGACGACAGGGACCAAAGGGAUCUGUGGGAUUCCCCGGAGCUGCUGGGGUGGUGGGAGAAAAAGGAAAAAGAGGUCCUGGGGGCCAGCCAGGAGGAGCAGGUCAGCGAGGGCCCACGGGUGCACGAGGAGGUAGGGGUGCAAGAGGACCCACUGGAAAACCUGGAGCCAAGGGUUCUGCAGGACACGACGGACCCCCAGGACCAGGUGGAGAUAGGGGACCUCAAGGACCCCAGGGCCGGAAUGGGGAGGGCGGGCCUAAAGGACCAAAUGGCCCAGGAGGGAAAGAUGGACUGCCGGGUCAUCCAGGCCAGCGGGGGGAGCCGGGAUUCCAAGGAAAGACAGGCCCCCCAGGGCCAACGGGUGUGGUUGGACCUCAGGGUAAAUCUGGAGAAACCGGUCCAAUGGGGGAGAGGGGACACCCUGGGACACCUGGACCUCCUGGCGAGCAGGGGUUACCUGGAGCGGCUGGUAAAGAAGGGGCGAAGGGCGACCCUGGUCCUUCAGGGAUUCCUGGGAAGAGUGGCCCUGCUGGACUGCGAGGCUUCAGAGGGGGCAGGGGGAUCCCCGGCGCCAUGGGUCCCCCUGGUCUGAAAGGAGGAGAAGGACCCACUGGUUCUCCAGGAGGUGUUGGGGCCAAUGGUGACAGGGGACCCCCUGGCUCGGCUGGUGCGAUUGGACAGCCUGGUCGUCCUGGUAGCUCAGGGCCUCCUGGACCGAUGGGAGAGAAAGGGGAGCCGGGAGAGAAGGGCCCCAUUGGACCAGCCGGACAUGAUGGAGACCAGGGCACGGUGGGAUUGCUGGGGGCAGCUGGGCCUCCAGGACCCCCCGGAGAGGAUGGAGACAAGGGUGAGACUGGAGGACCAGGGCAGAAGGGCAGUAAAGGAGACAAAGGCGAAUUUGGACCCUCCGGACCACAUGGGAGUCAGGGACCUGUUGGCCAGCCCGGAAUACCUGGUGUAGACGGGGAGUCUGGGCCACGGGGGCAGCAGGGGAUGUAUGGCCAGAAGGGGGAUGAAGGACUGCGGGGCUUUAAAGGAGCAACUGGCCCCAUAGGCCUGCAGGGCAUGCCAGGACCUCCAGGAGAGAAGGGAGAAAGUGGGCACACUGGACUCAUGGGUCCACCAGGUCAGCAUGGCCCCAGGGGUCCCCAGGGGCCCAUCGGCGGAGAGGGACCACAAGGAAUGCCCGGUGGAGUCGGUCAGCCUGGACCGGUGGGGGAGAAGGGGGAGGAUGGCGAGGCCGGCAGCCCGGGACAGGUUGGAGAGGCCGGCCCCUCGGGUGAGAAAGGAGAGCUGGGCGAGAAGGGUGACUCGGGGCUCCCUGGAGCGGCCGGGCCCCCCGGAGCUAAGGGACCUGCUGGGGAGGACGGUGCCAAAGGCAACCCAGGACCCAUCGGGUUUCCGGGAGACCCUGGACCCCCAGGAGAGGCCGGUAUGAAUGGAGUAGAUGGGGGACCAGGAGAGAAAGGAGAUGCUGGUGACCCUGGAAAAUCAGGGCCACCAGGGGCCUCAGGCGAGCCAGGCCCCCCAGGGGCCCCAGGAAGGAGGGGACAUCUUGGGGCUGCAGGAAAAGAAGGGAAGGCAGGUGCCAAAGGAGCAAAGGGGGCAUCAGGGACAGAGGGGCUGAUUGGGAAGACAGGGCCAGUGGGACCCCAGGGGCACCCAGGCAAGGCUGGCCCCCAGGGACUGCGUGGAAUUCCUGGACCUGCAGGAGAACAAGGCUUGAACGGCCCCCCAGGACAGACUGGACCUCCAGGACCCAUGGGACCUCCAGGUCUGCCGGGACUGAAAGGGGACCCCGGUCGGAAGGGAGACAAGGGUCAUGGUGGUUUGAUUGGUCUGAUCGGCCCCCCAGGGGAGAUGGGUGAGAAGGGUGACAGGGGCCUGCCAGGGAACCAGGGCCUGCAGGGGCCCAAAGGCGAUGAGGGUUUAGGUGGUCUUGCUGGUCCCAAUGGUCCUCCUGGACCUACAGGUCUAUCUGGUAUGGUUGGCCAAAAAGGAUCAAAAGGGAACCAGGGGCCCAUUGGCCCACGAGGAGACACAGGACCUGCCGGCCCCCCAGGACCUCCGGGUCCUUCCGCCUCAGCAAUGGAGCCGCUCCCUCUGCCGCAGGGACGGAGGAAAAGGCGAAGGCACUCCCAGGUGGACGGGGCUGGCGUGGAGGAGGAGGAGCAGGAGGAUGAGUAUCUGCAGGGGGACCAGGCUCUGGAAGAUCCCGAGGGGAUGGAGGAGGUGUUCGCCUCCCUCACCUCCAUGAAGACGGAGGUGGAAGUCAUGAGGAAGCCGAUGGGGACCUACGAGAGCCCCGCCCGCACCUGCAAGGAGCUCCUCAUGUGUCAUCCGGACUACAAAGACGGCGAGUAUUGGAUCGACCCAAACCAGGGCUGUCACAGAGACUCUUUCAAGGUCUUCUGCAACUUCACCGCUGAAGGAGAUACCUGCCUCUUCCCUGACAAAAGGAUUGAAUCAGUGAAACUGGCAGCCUGGAACCGAGAGAAGCCAGGCACCUGGUACAGCAAGUACCGCAAAGGCAAACAGUUCUCCUACGUGGACGCAGACGGGAAACCCGUAGCAGUGGUGCAGCUGACCUUCCUGAAGCUCCUGAGCGCCAUGGGGACGCAGACCUUCACCUACUCCUGCCAGAACUCGGCCGGGUGGUACAACAGCGCCACCCGCAGCCACCAGCACGCCCUGCGCCUGAAGGGCAGCAACGACGAGGAGCUGUCGCAGGCCAAGACCCCCUUCCUACAGGCCCUGUACGACGGCUGCCAGUCUCGGAAGGGCCAGGAGCGGACGGUCCUGGAGGUGGACUCCCCCAGAGCUGACGUGCUCCCCAUCGUAGACGUGGCCGUCACAGACUUCGGAAACAGCAAUCAGAAAUUUGGCUUCCAGGUCGGCCCCGUCUGUUUCAACGGUUAACGUCCAGCAGGGAGACAUCUGCACAUCCUUUUUUUGCAACAAAAAAAAAAUGACUCAUCAUUUUGCCACAAGCAAUAUUUAUAUGUAUUUUUUUGAAUCUGUGGUGGGUUUGUGGUAUUUUUAAUGACUUUUGAACAUCCAGUGGGAAACAAGGUCCCAUGACUAAUUGAACUGCGGCAAUUGGAGGAUGCCAGCCAGAAAGAAGAGGAAUAUUUUGCAAAGGGAAAUAUUCAGAUAGACAAACAUUUCAUUUCUGUUUAGUGCCAUGUUUUAAUUACUUCCCUUCUCCCUGGUCACACAUAGAUUAUCAGGUGAAAUAUAUUAGACUAAACAAGCACAGCUCCAGACAGACACAGUUUGCCACUCCCAGGUGUGGGAGGAGUCAGCGUGUC